AUGGACUCCACGAGCGCUGCCAUGUCCCACGCCCACCAGCCUCCGACCAACGACACCACCUCCGAGGAGCGCACUGUCUCGGUCCUCACCGUUGCUCUCCCCUACUUCUCGUCCGAGGCUAUCCUCAAGACCAUUCCCAAGAUCUUCCCCCUCAACGUCGGUUUCAAGAACGAGGCCGUCCGUCUCAUCCAGCGCGCCAUCAUUGUCGAGCACCGUCAGACGGAACGCUACGAGCCCGGCCGCAUCGUCCUCAAGGGACGCGACGGCGUCAAGCUUGCCUACCCCCAUCGGAACAAGAUGAGGUCUCGCUUGGGCUUCCCCAAGUUCAUCCACACGCGUAUCCUCCAGUUCACGCAGCCCGACCUCCACGAUGGCUACUCGGCGGAGCUGGAGAUGAAGGACAUUAGGCGUUUCCGCACCAUGUUCCCCAAGGUCCACAUUGUGCGCUUCGUCAACAACUUCUACAACGACGCACCUGUCUCUGCCAUUUUCCCUCACACUGUCGUCCUUUUCGGGCGCUUCAUCCUCCCCAAGAUCCUGGGAACGCCCCGGACCAGCUGGAGGCAGAGCAUUGUCUACCACUUUGAGAUCUGGGACCCGGCCCCCCGUGCCCUCCACAGCGACCAGGAGUCGUGGGAGAAGGUCAAGGACCUCACUAUUGUCUUCGCACCCGACUAUUGGCGCCAGGGUCCGACGGUUUUCGCCCAGCUCUGUGUCCUUGUCAAGACUAUUCGUGACCUCCAGCUCUCCGCCCCGGUCGACAUUACAUUUGUAGGCUUCGGCGCCACCCAGGACAGCUUCAAGAAGGAGGUGGACCGCAUGAAGGCUAUUGGAGGUCCACCUCUUGCCUCGGAGCAGUACGACCUUGAUUUCGAGUCCCACCAGGAGUCUCAGGCCUUCUGCAUUCUCAUCAAGCGCCAGCUGAAUGAGUGGGGAGUCAAGUACCUCACCAUCGAUGAGUACAAGCGCAAGCUCAAUCUUCCGAUCGAUCACAUGAACGCCGUGCUUGAGGCCGAUUGGAAGCCGUGA